AUGGGAAUUCGAAGAUUGCGAUACAGUGAUGAGGGAAUUCGGGUAUGGCCUGUGAGAUGUCGUCAUACUUUUGCUGUGGUUCUCGUGACAGCUUUUGCUACAGCGGGGCACACGCACGCAGUGGAACUCUGGUACCGCACGCAAGCAAGCAAGCCAGCCCACGAUGGGGUGCAGCCAACCGAGAGCGACGAAACGGUUAACAGAGGUCUUUCUCCACGAAAGCUGGAGGGGAGUCUCCAGACGUUUGGGGAUUGGCAGAUGGGUACUUCGUGCGUUACUGCAGAUGCAUUAAAGUUUUAG